AUGCUUGAAGAAAGUAAAAGAACUCUCAAACUUAACUAUGAUAAAGAAUUAAAUAUAUGGGAAGAAAAAUUUCAUGUACUUUUGAAAAAAUAUCAACAAAUUAAAGAAGAUUUCAAAAAUUUCAAAAGUGAAAAAGAGAAAGUUGACAAUUUAAAUAAAGAAGUAAUUUCGCAUAAGGAUGCAGAAAUUCAUAAAUUAAAAUCAAAGUUAUUGAUGCAGACAGCUGAAAAUGAUUUAUUUCAACAACACAACUUCAAAUCUGAGACUAUCACAUCUAAUCCUAUUGAAACUUCAAAUCCUGUUGUGGAAAUACCAACAAUUGCUGCUAAAUCAACAGAAACACCAAGCAAUCCUGUAAUUUCUAAACCUGAAAAAGCAUCUAAAAUUCCAGUAAAAUUACAAGGUUUAUUAUGUGAAUUGGGAUCUUCUGGAUUAAUACCAAGAUAUUCUAACUUUCGUUUCAAUAUGUCACAAACAGUAUUUUCAUGA